AUGUCACCUUACGACCUUGUUAAGACCGAGCGUGUGUGGUGGAAGGAAAGCGUUGUAUACCAGAUCUACCCGGCUUCCUUCCGUGACGUGAGUGGAGAUGGCCAUGGCGACAUUCGUGGCAUCACGGAGAAAUUAGACUACCUGAAAGAUCUUGGAGUAUACAAAAGCCCCCAAGUCGACAAGGGCUACGAUAUAUCCGAUUACAAGGAUAUUGAUCCGCUGUACGGCACUCUGGCACACGUCGACGAGCUGAUCAAGGAGCUUGCACGGCGUGACAUGAAGCUUAUCAUGGAUCUCGUGGUUAAUCAUACCUCAGACCAGCACGAGUGGUUCAAAGAGUCAAGGUCGUCCACCAAUAACCCCAAGAGGGACUGGUACAUCUGGAGGAAGGGUAAGGUGGACGAGAAGGGCACGCAACGCCCCCCGAACAAUUGGUGCCGUACCUUGGACACUACCCAGUCAGCAUGGGAAUACGACGCGACGACUAAGGAAUACUACCUCUCCCUCUUCUCCAAGGAGCAGCCCGACCUCAAUUGGGAAAGCACGGAAGUCCGAGCGGCCGUGCAUGACAUCGUCCGCUUCUGGCUGGACCGGGGCGCCCGCGGAUUCCGAAUGGACGUCAUUGACCAUAUUUCCAAGGUUCAGGAGUAUCCUGAUGCCAGGAUCACAAUUCCUGGUCAAUACUACCAGCCUGGUGGCGACUUCUUUGCAAACGGGCCGCGGCUCUCGGAGUUCCUACACGAGAUACGUCAGAUACUCGACGAGUACGAUGUCAUGACGGUCGGCGAGAUGCCCUUUAUUAACAAUGAAGAUGAGAUUAUCCGCACCGUCGGAAGGCAAGGAUCACUCGACAUGAUCUUUCUAUUUGAGAUACUCAACAUGGACAACCAGCCAGGCCGCUCAAAGUGGUCGUACCAGGAGUGGGAUGCUACCGACAUGGCGCGGAUCCACGCGCGUAUCCAGCGGCUGAUGAUUGAGAAGGACGGCUGGAACGCCAUCUUCUGCGAGAAUCACGAUUCGCCUCGAGCGCUAUCUAGGUUCGGCGACGACAGCGCAGAAUGGCGGGAGUAUGCGGCCAAGAUGAUAUGUGCUAAAAGCAUCGCGCUCGGUGGAACAGAGUACAUCUACCAGGGCCAGGAGCUAGGCAUGAGGAAUAUUCCCUCUGAUUGGCCCAUUGAAGAGUACAAGGACGUGGAGACUCAGAACUAUUGGAACUAUGCGGUCAAGCAGUACGCCAACAACCACCGCAGGCUAGAAUAUGCUCGCAGGCUGAUCCAGCUCAAGGCUCGUGACCACACACGCACCCCCAUGCAGUGGGAUGCCACGCCGCAUGCUGGGUUUUGCGAGCCAGCCGUCAAGCCGUGGAUGCGGGUCAACGACGACUACCCCAUCAUCAAUGUCAUGACACAGAAGCACAACCAGCACUCCGUUCUCUCGUACUAUAAGCGCUGUCUCAAGUUUCGCAAAGAAUACCGAGACGUAUUUAUCUACGGCGGGUUCAAGAUCCUCGACCCCAACAACAAGGACGUGGUAUCCUUUCUCCGGUUCUCCAAGAGCGAAUGCUGGAUAAGCAUUUCAAAUUUUACGGGUAAACAUAUUGAGUGGAAGGGCCUUGAGGAUAUUAGGGUUGAGGAAUGGGUACUUGGAAACCAUCCGUUCGAGGGACCUGUCGGAAAUAUCUCGGAUCGCAUCGUUCACUUGAGGCCCUGGGAAGGCGUUAUUGGAAGGUGUGCAAUGCCAAGCUGGCUAUCUUCCUAG